AGAGAAAUGUGCUAGCCUCCGAGUUGCUUGGCGGAGCAGGCAGCGGCGGUUAGAACGGGGGAUUUGUGUGUGCUUUGAGGAGUAGAAGGGAGAAAGACCGGCGGGGGGGCAGGGGGGAGGGCAGUCAGUGAGGUUGGUCGUGUCGGUCAGGGAGGCCUGUAGAUAGUUGUUAUUAACAGGGUUCUGGUCAGGGUGGAGAGUUUGAAAAGGGGCUGCACGCGGAUGAGGAAGUUCUGGGGUCUGAUGACCGCCGUGUCUGAAAAAGCUUCCUUUUUACCUCCCCGACACCUGAGUGGAGCUCGGCUGAAAGGCGAGUGGGUCUGCAGCUGGCGCGGAGCAUUGGAUUAGGCAAGGGAGGUGGAAGGAGCCGGGGUUGUCAGACAGAGGAGAGUCGGGUGGAGUCCGUGCAGUUUGCGGCCACCCGGUGUUGGAACAGGAGUCUUGUCUAGUUUCGCUUAAAGGACGCCAGAAGUAAGCCGCCGAGUUUGUAGGAGGUUGAUUUUGGUAAGCAGCCAGGAGUUUAGGAGGUGAGCAGAUUGAUUUUAGAGGUUUAGGAGAGGGGUGACUUCAGUGAAGAUUUGAAUUGCUGUCCGGUUUAGGAUGGUGCCGCUGCUGUCUCUAGGGAUUGGGCUCUUGCUACUCUUGCUAUGGGCUAGAUACAAGGGGAUAGAGUAUGUGUUGGUCCAUCAUCGCUGGAUUUUUGUGUGUCUCUUCCUGUUGCCUCUGUCUGUCCUUUUUGACAUCUACUCUCAGUUCCGUGCUUGGGUUGUGCAGAAGCUUCAUAGUGCUCCUUUGCAGCAUAGCCAACGCGUUCGCUACAUCCAGGCGCAGGUGCGAGAAUGGAAAAAAGAAGGCCAAAAAACAUACAUGUGUACCGGCCGUCCUGGCUGGCAUACAGUAUCUCUUCGUGUUGGAAAAUACAAAAAGACUCAUAAGAACAUAUUCAUCAAUUUGAUGGAUAUUCUAGAGGUUGAUAUUGAAAGACAGGUUGUCCAUGUGGAACCCUUGGUUACAAUGGGUCAGUUAACAGCGCAUCUCAACCCUUUGGGAUGGACUAUUCCAGUAGUACCAGAGCUUGAUGAUCUUACAGUAGGUGGCUUGGUCAUGGGAACUGGCAUUGAGACAUCUUCGCACAUCUAUGGACUCUUUCAGCAUACCUGCAAGGCCUAUGAAAUCAUCCUUGCUGAUGGAAGCCUCGUGAGAUGUACACCAGAGGAAAACUCAGACCUGUUUUACGCAGUGCCUUGGUCUUGUGGUACCCUGGGCUUCCUGGUUGCAGCUGAAAUAAACAUUGUCCCAGUUAAAAAAUACAUCAAAUUGCAUUAUGAACCUGUGAGAGGACUAAAGGCAAUAUGCAAAAGAUUUACUGAAGAAUCAGAAAAGAAAGAAAACCACUUUGUGGAGGGGUUGCUGUACUCGUUGGAAGAAGCUGUCAUAAUGUCAGGAACUCUGACUGAUGAAGCUGAUUGGAGCAAGGUCAACAGUAUUGGGAACUACUAUAAGCCAUGGUUCUACAAACACGUGGAGAAGUAUUUGAAGGCUAAUAAGACAGGAGUAGAGUGUAUUCCAACAAGACAUUACUAUCACAGGCAUACACGGAGCAUUUUCUGGGUUCUCAAGGACAUCCUUCCUUUUGGAAAUAAUGCUGUUUUUCGCUAUUUAUUUGGCUGGAUGGUACCUCCUAAAAUCUCUCUCUUAAAACUGACUCAAGGAGAAGCAAUUCGAAAGCUCUAUGAACAGCAUCAUGUGGUUCAAGACAUGAUGAUCCCCAUAAAAAGUCUUGAAAAAUGUAUUGAAACCUACCACAGUGACAUCAAAGUUUAUCCACUGUGGCUGUGUCCCUUCAUAUUGCCUAAUAACCCUGGCAUGGUUCACCCAAAAGGAGAUGAAACUGAGCUGUAUGUAAAUGUUGGAUCCUAUGGAGAGCCCCAAACAAAACACUUUGAAGCCAGGGCUUCUACCAGACAAAUGGAGAAAUUUGUAAGGAAUAUACAUGGUUUUCAGAUGUUAUAUGCAGAUUGCUAUAUGACCCGUGAGGAAUUCUGGGAAAUGUUUGAUGGUUCCCUAUACCACAAGCUGAGGAAAGAACUUCAGUGCAGUGAUGCUUUUCCAGAGGUGUAUGAUAAAAUCUCCAAAGCUGCAAGACACUAAACCUCUAUCCUCAACAAGUAAUCAGGGAAAUCAGAUUUCACAAUAACAGUUCUUCCCAUACAAAAUAUUUUUGUCGCUGUCCCAAAGACUCAUACAUAUGUGUGAUUUGAAAAUACAUUCUCCUGUCUUCAUGGAGAUAUUACCAAUUUUUUUAUCAUACAGUGUCCAAUUAUAUUUUAAUAAUGUCAAGGAAUCAAAGUUAUAAACUGUAAGGUUUAGUCAUAGCUACAGGACUAUCCAUACUUGGAUUUGGUUAUAUUCUAUAGGAGGCAAAUGGAAAAGUCAGCAUGUUUAAGUAGAACAUGAUUUAGAGCUGUAGUAUCAUUUUUGAUUAUUAGAAAACAUCAGUGGAGUUUUAUGGGAGUUUUGGCAAUCUACAAGGUUACUUCCAAAUUGAGAUUACCUUUCAAAAGUUGAUUGAUUGAGGUAGCUUACCCUGUUCAAGAUUUCUGCUGGAAUACUCAAAAGCAAACAUAUAUUAGAUUGGCAAUUAAUAAGCCUUUCUACAUGAACACUUUGGAAGUAGUGACUUGGGAUUAGUUUGAGCCAGAAUGAGUUGUUUCUGACCUUGUUCCAUCAAGGUGUCCAUGCUGUCAGGAAAAAUGUUGCUUGCAUACUUUGAAGAGGGAGGAGAUUAAUCCCCCCUCCCCCCAGUCUAUAUUAAACCACUGCUUUUAAAAUAUUUUUGCUUAGUUCUACGCAGGAUGUCUGCUGCCUCUCAGGACAGACUGCUGCAUUUUGGGUUUAUUUUUUGUUCUAUGCUGCUUUUUAGUGUUGUUGCUUUUUGUUACGAGAAACAUUCUUGAAUGAUUCAUACCUUGAGUUGCAGAGGCCAGUUUAUCAGGUUUCUAACAUGCUUGUUGGAAGUAUAGGGCUGCUAUUACUUUUAAGAGUACAGAAAAAAUUAAUUUGUAACCGAACAGCAAAAUACUUUGUUUCUGUGCUUCCUGUUUUAUGCUUUUUAUGUAAUGUGAAGAAAAUGGUGGUGGAGUUGUGUAAUAGUUGAUAAGCAGUAAUCAGGUGGUAACCGUUGCCUGCCUUUAAUAUUGACAGAUUUUGCUGAUAUCACUCAGGGUUGUUCCACAUUGUGAUCUUUUUUUGCACUGCUAAAGGAUGCCUAUUUUGGCAGCAAAGAAAAUAGAAUGGGGUGUGUGUGUGCACAGAACAAUAUUAAGUGCUGUGUUCCCCAUUUCCACAGAACAUGGAGUAAGUCUGUUUCUUGGAAAUACAGGCCCUUCACCAAAGGUCCCUCUUUUCCCUGCCUUUUUGUUUUUUAGUUCCUUUGUUUUCAGCCUGCUUGAUUGCUUGCUGUUCUUUUCCAGUUGGCCAGCUCUUUGGUGCAUGGGCACUAAAGUGUAAAUGAUUAUCAGUUGGGGAGAGGGUUGGACACUGCUUUUGAUUUUGUAGCAGUUCCUGCUCAUAACAUGGUUUCACUCGCAAUAGUAUGAUCAUGAAAUGAUAAACAGCUUAAAAAAAACAAAACAGUGGCUUUUGCUCCCUGGAAAGUGUGAAAUAGUACAUGAGCCCACCCUCUCUCUAAGAAAAAACUGAUAAUUUACAGUGUAUUCAGAAAUGCCAUGACAUUCCUUCCCUUUGGAGAGAUCUAGAAGAUGAGUGGUAACAUUCUAAUGGAAAGCAGCUCUGGGAAGCCUCAGUAACACAUUGAUUGUUCAGACAGUUUGGUGUGGCGAAAGAGCUUACAGAUUCUAUCUUUAAAAAAACAACAACCAAAAAAUCCCCACAGAAGGUCCUGGAAUUGCAGCAGGUUAAUUAUAAUGGCAUCUGGAUAGUACAUAAACACUAAAUGAAUUGUGAUAAUUCCAACCACAAAUUAUUUGCUGUGGAUUUCUCCUUCCAGUAAAGGUUUCUUUAGUGCCUUAUCAGCUGGAGGAAGCCCAGUCAUUUCAUACAAAUUUAUUUUUAAAAAGUUAGACUUCCAAAAUGUAGGGUUGCAGUGGAAAUGUCCAGAUCACUGAAUUCUCCAAAUGGGCGUUCCAGAGCCAGAUAAAAGGAAAUUAAUGUUACAUAUUUUAACGAUUCAGAAAUCAAACUGGGAGACAGGCAAGGAAAGAAUACUGUCAUUUCUCUUCAUCCCAUUCCUGCUUUACAUAGUGAGGGAUAAGCCACCACCAUUCCCAAUCUGUGCUUCAAGACUUUAUAAUACUAUUAUGGUAAGUCCAUUUUAGCUGACUGGGACUAUGAACCUUCCCAUCAUGAAAAUAAAUCAGCUUUAUAGACUUCUAUGGAUUUUCCCUUAAUUCUAUCACAAGUUUAACCAAAGGCUGACCCAAAGACUAGCUAGGUAUAAUUUUUAAAAAUUGCUUGCAAUAUUUAUUUGAACUUACAGAGAAAUGUUGGUUUGAGACAUGUUAGCAAGUCUCCAUGGUGUUUUAGAAUAUCCAGCCAGUGAUUUUACUAGGGUGCAGGAAGAAGUUUAAUCAUUUAAUGAUGUGCAAGUAUGCAGGCUUUAAGCAAUCCAACUGUUCCAUGAGGAUGAAUGUUCUGUUUACACUUGCAUAGUGUAAACCAGACUUUUGAGAAUCUAGUUCAUUAUGCACAUGAGGAAUAUGAAAUUACUGAAACAGCAAAAAGCCAGCAUGGCUAUGCCAGUACAUAUACUCUGAAUCCAGAAGUAGAAUGGGAUUUAAAGUACUGAGGUUUGCGAUGUAUCUGUGUAUAAAUUCAUUCCAUUUGCCUGAAAAGUUUUUUAAAGAGUCUAAUCCAUACUAUGUCGUUACUUUUGGUUAUACACUGUACUUUUCUCAGCACAAGUUGUUUCUGCAAAGUGGUUUUUGUAGCUUAUUGCUGCAAUUGCUAGCUCAGAUAUUUAAUGUAAUGCAAAUACAGUGUUGCUGCUGGUGUUGUCACUGUCAGCACUGAUACCUUUAGACAGAAUGUGUACAGUUACAAUAAAAAUACUAUUUUGGUGUGACUGCAUAAA